AUGGGCCGUGUGACUCGUGGAUCAUCUGACAUGGAUCAAGCACAGCAACAUUUGCAGCGAGAAGGUCGUGCCUGCUACAAGCGGCAGAACUAUGAGCAGGCUCUGGGCCACUUCAAUCGUGCAAUCGGACGAGCUCCGUCUGCCUCACUGCUUGACAAUAGAGCUGCCUGCCACGAGAAGCUCAACGACCUCCCUGCCGCGCUCAAAGAUGCCAAGAAGGCCAUCCAACUGACGAGAGAGGAUCCCACUGGAUAUCUGCGUGCUGGCAAAGUCCUCGUCAAGAUGGAGAAGCCGUCUGUCGCGCUCGAGAUCUAUGCUCAUGGCUUGAGGAGUGUCAAGCAUGCGGGUCAAGGCUAUGAGCUUCUGCGCAGGGCGCAAACUGAGCUCCGAACAGAGAUGUCGCCUACAAAGAGUGUUGAUCCGCUGACCGUUCUUCCUCGCGAGCUUGCCGAGAUCAUACUGGAGUAUCUUUCAUUCCAACAACGCAUGAAUGCAUGUCUGGUUUCAGCACAAUGGGCAGGCUUCAUACGAUCGUCUCCAGACCUUUGGCAUCAUCUCGACCUUAGCACCUCACGAAAGAAAGUGAGCACCAAGUUCAUAAGUCGCGCGAUCAACAUAGGUCAGCAGAGAAUGACGACGGCUUCCUUGAGCAAUCUGUACGACCUCGAUAAAUCAUUGCAUGCAUUGACACGACACUGUCCAAUCACAGCGUUGACGCUGCUCAAUGUCGGUCUACAAAGCGACAACCUACUACAAGCCCUGAAACAGGCCAAGCAGCUGAAGGUGCUGCGAUUGACUGAUGGUGUCGAGAUCGGCACUCAGACAAUACAGCUACUGGUGUUGCAGCAUGCUGCCACGCUCGAGGAAGUGCAAUGCCAUCCGGUGACAGCCAUGAAUGACUUUAAUCUCCUGGAGGGGCGAUAUGAUUGCAUGACAGCUCUGAGUGUUCGAGCACAAUCAUUCGCAUCGCGGCCGUCCUUCUUCGAACGAGUCACUGCAAGCAUGCCAUACCUGCGCUCCCUCACAGCAAUCGCGACUGGUCGUGCAGAACCGUUAUUGCCACCGGUACUACAUCUGGAAGGCAUGAACUAUCUUCAGUAUCUUAAUCUCGAGAUGGGUGUCGGCUCUGUGGGCGGCGUCAUCCUACCACCAACGAUCGCGUCACUGCGGUUCGCAUCUACUACCGCCCGUUGGCUACCACGCUUUCCGGAUAGGUCUAAAUUACCACUGCCUAGCUUGAAGCGCCUGACUCUCCACCUGCCCAUCAAACAGAAUGUCCUUGUGCUCAGACUCUUGAUGAAUAGCGAUGAGAAGCGACUAGAGCACAGUCUGCUUGAGUAUCUCGACAUCGCUCUGCCCACGAUCUUGGAACUGCUCGAUUCUGAAGAUCUACCCACGUUCGUUGAGCUUCGUCACCUUUCCUGCAAGCAGCUAGACACUGUGAGCGAGGAGGAUAUUGCACGCAUCGUCAAAGGCUGUCCGAAGCUACAGACGAUCGAUCUUAGUGGUAGUACAAUCGAUGGAGUGAUGGUCAAACGAUUGGUACUAGAGUUGAGAGAACUGCGCCAUUUGAUAGCAGACGAUUGUCGUCUGCUGGGUAGAGAUGCUGUUGAUUGGGCCCGAUCGCAGGGCGUUCGAGUCGACGCUAGGAGUGCUGAUGCUGUAAAGAUAGGCAGGAAGGUGAGGUAUGCUGUGUAG